UCGACUGCUUUUCACAUUUCUUGCUUUGAUCCCAAUUCGCCGUAAUGCCAGAUGUAAACUUUAUUACAACUUGCAAUAGUGUUUUUUUUUCAAUGCUUUAAGUAGAAACCGCAAAUUUUAAUCAAACUACAAAUAAAAUUUUUAAUUUUAAUCUUUAAUGCAAGUAUAUACAUAAUGAAAAUAAAUAUAAUUUAUUUAAGUUUGAAUAAAAGUUUUUAUGUGCCAAAAAAUUACUCAUAUGUAAUUGGCAAUAACAACUAGUUUUCUAUUGUGACUUGUGCCAGCAAAAAGAAGCGGAAUAUGUUGAAAUAUUUUUGUAAACAAAAGUGCAAUACUUCAUCAUAAGUUAAAGAAAAUAGUAAGCUACAAAACUGCACAGCUCAAAAUGGAUAAAGCCGAUUCCACGCAAUCUUCUAAUCCACGACGCAAAAUCCUAGGUUUGGCAGUGUCACAAAUUUUAAUGGAAAAAGGUUUUGACAACGUUGACAAGGAGUGUCUGGAGACGCUUACAGAAAUGCUACAAAGCUUACUUGUGGAGGUGGGACAAUCAGCACGAAGCUUCUGUGAGCUUUCCGGACGUACCAUACCUGUAAUUGGUGAUGUGAUUGUAGCACUUGUGAACAUGGGCAUAUCACUACAGGGUAUUGAAGCGUUUGCAAAGCGUGAUGGGCGUCAGAUAAUACCAAUGCCAUCACAAGCAUCACAACAGAAGCAACUAAAUCUACUACAAGCGGGCACAAAAUCUUCACAUCCACCGCAUAUGCCAAACUAUUUGCCGUCAUUGCCUGAUCCGCACGCGUAUGUGCGAACACCGACGCAUAAACAACCUGUGACAGAGUACGAAGCCAUACGUGAAAAGGCAGCUAACCAAAAAAGAGAUGUUGAAAGGGCGUUAACAAAAUUUUUAUCAAAAACAUCUGAAACGCACAGUCUUUUUGACAAUGAGGACAACAUGUUUCCUUUAAUUGCCUGCAAACCAGCAUUCCCACCAUAUCUGGCCGCAUUGAAUCCCACUGAUCAGGUAUUUGACUUUGAAGAGUUGGAGUAUCACUACUUGGUGGCAAAUCGUACAGAGGAUGUGACAUCCAAAGAUGACAAUGACGAAAAUGAAAGUGGUAAUGAAGAUGAGGGUGAUGGCGAAAUGAAAGCGGAGACAAAAAGUGAAAAAGACGUAAAACCCGAAAAUGACAUCAAGCCUAAUUCAACCACCAAUAAGGCUAUUUUAGAGAAUCCAAAUAUAGAUAAUCCAUAUCUAAGAGCAGCAACGUUGCCUAAACGCGCAAAACCGGAUCCCGCACUGCUUGUUGCCACUGCAACCGCUUCGUCGACAAGUAGUGGUGCGGGUUACUAACGUAUUAUAUUAAUUUAUUUAAUACUUUGAUAAAACCAUAUUAUUUAGUAAAAACAAAAAAAAAAAUAAAUUAAAAAAAUGUUUAACAUUUCGUUAUAUCUUUAACAA